UACAUUACGAUCAAGGACCUGGAACAAUACGUAAAGGACAACCGAAUGAAUCAAACAGUCGUUCAGAGGUGGAUUCGACUCUUUGACCCCAAGGGAACGGGCAAAAUAACGCUAGAAAGCUUUUGUGAAACACUGGGUGAAGACGUUGACGAAAUGCUGAAACAGUACCCACCGACAAAUGUUCAGCAGAUUCGGCUGAUUGAUCGAGAAAUGUCGGAGCGAAUGAUGGAGAACCUGCUGAACCAGACUCGCCUGGCUGUCCGCGAACACCCUGGUGACCUCCGAGCACAGGCAGCCACCAUCAAGGCAUAUGCGGAUAGACGCUACGGCGACUCGUGGCACUGCUUCAUCGUGAACGGUUCGCACGGUUACUUCUACUCACACAAGCCGAAUCAUUCAAUAUCGUUCUACUUCAGCGACAACUACUACUUCAUAUUCUGCACCCCACUCAACUGA